UAACUCUCAUGCACUCUAAAUCAGGUGUUAUUCAGUUCCUUUUGUGACGGUUUAUGUACCACAGCUACAGACAAGGAACCUUUCAUUUGUGAUUUUUUGAAAGAAAACAAACUAUCUAAGAAGUUAUCACAAUGACACUAAAUUGCUUUUCUGGUUGCUGCAGCACAAGCUUUAAGAGGAUUCAGCAGUUCUUUAUAGACAAUAUUGGGGAAUUGAAGAUGCUUCUGUGGUUUACUGGCCCUCUGACUUUGAUCAGUGUAUUGGACUAUGCACCAUACGUCAUAACGGCUAUAUUUUGUGGACAUCUAGGAAAGGUUGAACUAGAUUCCAUCACGCUGGCUAAUGCUAUUGCUGCAGUGACAGGACAGUCUAUUGGGCUUGGAUUGGCAUCAGCAUGUGACACUCUAAUCUCCCAGAUCUAUGGAGGAAAAAACCUCAAGCUCAUUGGAGUAGUCAUUCAACGUGGGAUCCUUAUCCUGUUUCUUUCAUGCUUCCCAUGUUGGGCAAUAUAUAUUAACACUCAGAAUAUUCUGCUACUUUGUGGACAAGAGCCAAGAGUCGCAAGGUUGGCGGAAUGGUGCGUUAUAGCGCAUAUCCCAGCUCUUCCUGCAAUCAUUUUUUAUCAACUUCAGUUACGUUUUCUACAAAAUCAGGGAAUUAUUUGGCCUCAAAUUUUUGUAAGUCUUUUUGGAAACAUUGUUAAUAUCAUCCUGAAUUACAUUUUUCUUUUUGUAAUGAAAACUGGAGUGAUAGGCACAGCAGUGGCUAUGACAAUUACAUAUGUAGCAGAUAUGAUAUUGUUGUACCUCUAUAUCUGGCUGAGAAAAAUCCAUGUGGAGUCAUGGUCAGGUUGGUCUACUGAGUGCUUGAAGGACUGGGGGUCUUUUCUCUCUCUUGGAAUUCCAAAUAUGGUGACAAUCUGUAUGGAAUGGUGGUCUUUUGAAAUAGCAAUAUUUUUAACAGGGCUCAUUAAUCUGGUGGAACUUGGAGCACAGUCAGUUGUGUACCAGCUGAUGGUUGUAUUUCUCAAGAUUGCAAAUGCAAUUGGCAUGGCUACCAGCAUUAGAGUUGGUAAUUUCUUAGGUGCUGGUGAGACUGAUCAAGCUAAGAUGUCUGCAAAACUGGGCUUUCUAAUUACAGGUGUCUCUAUAUGUAUGAAUGCCAGCCUACUACUUGGCCUAAGGAGACCCUUUGCUUGUUUAUUUACCACUGACAUAGCUAUACAAUCUCUGGUGAUUCAGGCGAUACCCAUAGGAGUCUUGCAUCACGUGGCAACAGCAGCAAGUUACGUUUUUUGUGGAGUUCUCAGAGGAAUUGGCAAACCAGAAAUUGGAGCUUUAGCAACUGUCUUGGGAUAUUGUUUAAUCACUUUCCCUAUUGGAGCACCUCUUAUGUUUGUAGCGAAACUUGGAAUGAAAGGUUUUUGGAUUGGAGUAUCAGUUUGUUGUGUUUGCAUUAAUAUUUUCUUGUUCAUACAUUUCUGGAGGAUAAAUUGGCAGGAUAUGACUGACAAGGCUCAGAAACGAGCAGGGUUAAAACCGAUGAAUGAUUCUACCUUCAUCCUUAGUGCCAGUAUAGAUACAGCAGACACAGUGGAUGGAAAUAAUUAUGCAUCGAUAAACUCUACCAAUAGUGAGACAGAACCACAUGAAAGACAAUCUUUUGCACUACUUAAAGUGAAGGAUGAACAGUCUCUGAAGAAGAUAAUUAUCCACCGUGUUCUGACAACACUCGCUAUGAUCUCUAUUUUCCUUAUUGGGCUUCUAAUUAGGUUAACCGUGAAUCCGCAUUAACUUCUGUAUCAGAAAUAACAGAACUGAACAAUGUAUAAUGUUAACGUUGCUUAUUAAUCACAUGCUACUUUACAGGCAGUAUUAUAGUAUUGCUAAUGCUAGACCAGCUUUGAACAGUCAGGGACUUUGUACACUUAUAGUGCAGCUAGGUAAAAUAAAACAGCUUUCUUAUUUAUCAUUUUAUUCAUGAUCAUUGUUAGUUCAGUACUAAAUACUAAUUUGUAAAUUGUAAUCCCCAUUCCCAGACUCCAUUUGCAUCAAUCAACUUGAGGUUUAACUUUUACUUUCUAGCAAUAUAUAUAGAGAAGUUAAGUUAUAGGUUAUAUGCAGGUAUUCUUUAUUCACUAUAAACCUGUACAGGGCAACAACAGGGCUCUCCUACCAUUCGUAUGUAAAUCCGCAAUACUGAUGUAUUUAGACAAAUUUGCAGUUAUUUUUUUAGAUAGAUCACAGCUGAACUGUUCUUACUGCAAUAAUCCAAAGCAUAUUUUUUAUGGCGUGUAUCUAGGCUUGAUACAUAUUGUGAUAAAGAAUUGCUCAUUUCCAAUCUGA